AUGCUGCUAAACCGCCGUCAUCUUGUAGCCGGCGUGGCUGGCCUCUUGGCCGCCACCGGUGUUCAUGCCGCGUGCUCGUCUGAUCUAGUCAUUGACGACUUCACAACAUGGCUGACUGGCCUCAACAACCUUGGUUCAGAAAACGGGGACGAUGGAACCAUGACGGCCAUCGCGGCGUCCCCCGGACAGGUCGUCUUCGUCCCAAAAGAUGACGGCUCGUACUUUUACGAGUCGUUCCCGUGCCAGCAAGCCAACACCGAGGGCUAUAACGCAAUCCAGUUCUCCGUCCUGGGGCCCGAGGGCGGCUCCUUUGCAUUUGAGCUGCAAACCACGUCCAGCUGCGACGACGAAGUGGGGGUCUACAACAGUUCUUGGACUGAAGUGGGCGACCUGACUGGCGAGCGGCACACCAUCACUCUCCCUCUCGAAGGGUGGGACGACUCGCCAAACUACGACGGAAUCGUCGGCCUGACCUGGUCCACCUUCUCAGAGAACGGGAUCCAGUGGUCGGUUGGCAACGUCAGUCUCGUCUGUGGAGGUGGAGGAGAUGAAGGGGACGGCGGCGGCUCUGCUUCCCAGAGCUCAACGGUUGCCACCAAGCCGACCGCAACAACUGCGACGUCAUCCCAGGGUAGUACAACUUCCUCGCCUGCCGUGUCCUCUCCGCCGGCAACGUGUUCCAACCUGCUGAUUGACGACUGGGCGUCCCAGUCCCGCCUGACCUUCCUCGGCUACAACGCCAUGGAGCAGACCUCGAGCGACGACGAGUCCAUGUCGUCGGUCGUCGUCAGCGACAACAGGGUCACGCUGACGCCCAGGGACGACGACUCGUACUUUUACAGCCAGUUCGGCUGCCUGGACGCCAGCGAGCAGUAUGGCGGCAUAUCCUUCUCCGUCCAGGCAAAGAGGGGGACCAGUUUCUCCGUGACGCUGGCGUACGUGACGAAGUGCGGGUCCCAAAACGAGCAGAGCGUCACGCAGUCGACCGACGAGCUGGGAUGGACCUUUGACGGCACCGAGAAGCUGUACUCGGUCCCCUUCUCCGCCUUUGCCGACGUCGACACUACCAGGCUCACCAUGAUCUACUUUGGCGACUUCUCCGGUCCCGUCACGUUCGGGCCCAUGUCCUUCUACUGCGGCUCGACCCCGUCCGAGUACGAGCUGCCGUCGGGGAUCCCGACGGCUCCGCCCAUCACGGUCACGACGACGGCAGCCCCGGCCCCGACCAAGGCGAUGGUGAUCGACACCUUCGGUGAUCCGGAGACCAACGACCUGGGCCACGUCGCCCUGCAGCAGCACAACGCCGUCUGCGACCCGGACGUCAAGCCGUAUCCGGAGACGUGGGACUCGCUCGAGGCGGCGCGCUACGCCACCGCCAGCGACAUGUACAUCCCCAUCAACCACUUCGCCGUCGACCUCACGCGCGUCAUCGGGUUCGCCCUCAAGGGCUUCUACGGCACCGAGCCGACCAGGCUGACCAAGAUGGAGAUCGUCGACGAGCUGCCCGAGGACUGGCCGGGCGUCCCGCCCAAGCUGGCCUCGGGCCGGCUCGUCUUCUCGUGCACGCGGCCCGACUCGUUCGCCUUCGCCAUCGACGACGGCGACCCGGCGCUGGCCCCGCGCGUCAUGGAGAUCGUCCAGCAGGCCGACAUCCCCGUCACCUUCUUCACCGUCGGCCUGCCCCUGCUCGACCGGACCAACGGGCUGGCCGACAUGUACAAGACCAUGGCCGCCCGCGGGCACCAGAUCGCCCUGCACUCGUACACACACCCGCCGCUCGAGGGCCUCCCGAGCGACGCGGCCAUCGACUGGGAGUACGCCAACGACAUCGGCGCCGUCCGCCAGGUCUUUGGCGACGGCUCUCCCAACAACAACAACAACAACAACCCGGUCCACACCAACUACUUCCGCCCGCCCUUCGGCACCGAGGGCGCCCGCAUGCGCCAGCGCCUGGCCGCCAACCUGGAAGACGCCAACCCGUACCUGGUCCAGUGGAGCGUCGACGUGGAGGACUGGCUGUGGGCCGAGUCGGACACGCCCGAGAAGCAGCUCGACGCCUUCAAGCGCGACGUCGCCGCCGGCGGCAACCUGGUCGUCAUGCACUACCUCUACAACUCGACCGUCGAGCUGCUGCCCGAGUUCAUCGAGGUGGCCAAGGCCACCGGCAAGCGGCUGAUGAGGGUCGAUCAGUGCAUGGAGGAUCCCAACGCGCCGCCUCUGGAGGACGAGGAGGAAGGGUGA